UGAAUUGUUGUUGAAUAUAUGGGUACUCAAGAAUUUGCGUCAAAUAACCCUUUUCGAUUGAUUUCUAAGUCAUCAUCAAUUGCAGGUUCGUCUGAAGAAAGAUCUAACCCAUUUUUGGAUCGUACAGAAUACAAAAAUGUAUCUCAUAUGGUUACAACUGUUAUUUCCAAGUCGAAGUCACAACAUACAACGUCACGAACGGCUUCUCAAUGGGAACGUAAACCGUUUCAUCAUUCAAAGCAGGAUGUUAAAACAAUAAUUCCUCGUAGUGAACGUACUCAAAGUAAUUCUGAAAGUAAUGUUUUUGAUUCUCACAAAGGUACUCAUCGAAGUCAUAAAUAUUUUCCAUUUAGUAAAGAGAAAGAACAAGAAAAGGCUAUCCUGAAAGAAAAUUCCAAAGAAAAGACAAAUAAUCAUCCCCAUAAAGAAAGACGAUCACGUAUACAUGUGGAUCGUAUUGACUUGCUUGAUGUAACUGCAGUAUAUGGGUCAGGAACAUUUCAUCAUGAUGGGCCAUUUGAUGCUUGUAAUCCUUAUCGUAAUAAAAGUUCGAAAAAAGAUCCUGUACUUGCUUUUCAUGAAGACAGUAUGUCUAUGUCUUUUUCAAAAGUGGAUACUGAGAAUUCAAAAUUUUCAAUUGACAAAUAUUUUGGAAAUCGAGACGUUGAAGCGUAUAAUGAAUUUUCUCCUAGUGCCUUUUACUCUAGAAAGAAUCGUUCUUCAGAUUUAUAUCACGGUUCUACUACAUCUGGUCUUGGUUCUUCCACUUUUUUAGAGGGUACGCAUGCUAGCCAAGCUUCUAUACGACGUGUUGCGUUAUUAUCAGAUGAAGAAAAGAAUGAGAAAGAUAACAAGUCAUUUGGUUUUCAAUAACAUUGUAGUAUUCAUGAUAAUGAUUUGAACUGCAAACGUAGUUUUGCUCACCGUAUUCCUGGUUCAA